AUGGCCGCUCUUUGUACAGGGAUUCACUGCUCUGGGGAAAUCUGCGCCAAACAAGAAGGCGAUAGCAAACGCAAAUCCGUGAAAUCUGAAGUAUCUGCAAGGCCUGAGCGAGUAAAGCAGCCGAAGGAGGUUGAUGUUGGAAGAAAGGAAGAAGAAGAAAGAGGUGAAGCUCAAGGCAAGCAGAGAGAGAGAGAAAAAAGGGAGGCGGGCAGUCAAACAACACUGAAAGCGAAGAGACUCCCAGCCUCUUCUUUUUUUCAGCACUAUAUAGACGAAGCUGCUAUGCUUGAAUUCUUCUUCUCUCGUUUAAAAUAUAGGAGACGCUGA